AAAAACUUGUUGUAAUUCCCUUUCACAGAUACAAAACUCCAUCUUCCUCUAAUCUCCACCGCCAUCCGCCGCUACACCAGAAAUCACGCUUUAUCUUUCUCUGCACCGUCGAACGAACCUUUUGAUCCAUGUUCUCCUUUCCCUCUUCGUCAUCUUCACCGCAAUCAACUCCCUCCGCCAUCCUCCACUCUCACCGUCACCAUUUUCCCCAUUUUUCAGUUUAAAGAUUGAAGAUCUGAAGUCGGGUUCUACUCACCAUCUCUCAUAGUCCUCACCACUACACCGUCACUGGAUCAAAAUAUUGUUGGUUCUGUUUUGAUGGCACUGAUAAAUAAGGUGUCAUUUUUCGCAUUGCACAAAGUACUCCACUACUCUAUUAGUGGAUCAAGACCGGUGAUUGGAGAAGCAAUGUGCCAUAGACUUGUUCGUCAUUUCUUCCUUAGUCUGAACCAAUGCUCUUCACUUCAUUCAGCUUCUUCUUCACUGCAAAAGCUUGAACCGACUGUUAGAGCUGAAGUAGAAGCCAAAAACUAUGUUAAAAUUCCUGAUAUCAUUUCCACGGAGUUGUCUCGAUCCCAAAAUUCAAAUCCUUUCUCUUUUUUAUCGUCUUUUCCGCAGAACUUACAAGUGCAAAUUGUUGAUGAAAUGUUGCAAUCUUUUAUAUCCAUCAGACCACGCUAUAAGCCCCAGCUAACCUAUUCCUACCUUCUUUCCUACACCCUCCAAAGUUCUCACCCCCUUCCUCUUGCACUCGCUAUCCUACAACGGACUCUACGUUCUGGUUGCUUACCAGUUCCUCAGACUCAUGUUCUCCUCUCAUCUGCUUGGUUGGACCGGCGAUGUCUGUCGCAUUCUGUGGCUAAUAUUUUACUUGAGAUGCAAUCAAUUGGAUAUCAUCCUGAUUGUGGUACUUGUAAUUAUCUACUAUCAUCUCUUUGUGCUGUUGAUCGGUUAGUGGAGGCAGUUAAUGUGUUGAAGGGUAUGGGUGGAGCAGGAUGUAUUCCCGAUUCAAAUAGUUACGACAUUGUAAUUGGUGCAAUGUGCAAUGCCCGAAGGACUUCUGACGCUCAAGAUUUAAUGAAGCAAAUGGUGGAGAAAUAUUGUUUGACCCCAGACCAUGGAACAGUGGUGAAAUUCUUGACAGCAUUACGGACAAACAAGGAGAUAUGGAAAGCUGUUGAGGUGAUUGAGUUCCUGGAGAAAGAGGGAAACUCUGUCGGAUUUGAGAGUUAUGAGUUGGUGGUUGAAGGUUGCUUGGCGAGACGUGAGUAUGUUUUGGCUGCAAAGGUUGUUAUGGGGAUGACAGAAAGAGGUUUUAUACCGUAUAUCAAGGUGAGGCUGAAGAUAAUCGAAGGUUUGGCGAGCAUCGAUGAGUGGAAGAUAGCUUGUGCUGUGAGAGAAAGAUUUGCAAAACUUAAAUCUUAGCUGUUAAAUUACUUAUAGUUAGCCUAGUUCUGUUCUUAACGAUGAAGCAGAGAGUUGCAGCUCUUGAAUCUCAGAUUUGCCAAUCAUUUGGAGGUAUGAUCUCUUAAAUUAACGCUUGGAAAAGGAGUGAGCAUAUACAGGAACAGGUUUGAUUGAGUUGUAGAAUUAAAGUUCCUUAGGCUGACUUUGACGGCUGUAUUAUAUUAAAAUUAAAAUAAUUCGGCUGUAUAGUUUAUUUUUGACACAGGAAAAUGGAGUAACUUUUUGUGUAUUAGUAAUAUCAAUUGCACAGAAACAGUAUAAUAAUAUCAAUUACACAGAUUAUAAAA